AUGCGCCGGCGCGGAGGGGAAAGGGGCGGGGCGCUAGGGGCGGGGGCGCGGGCGGGGCACCCGCGCGUGCGCGAAAGUGGAGCGGGAAGGGCGGGGGGAGCGGGCGCGUGGCGGCGGCGAGGGGCGCGAAGGCGGCUCGGCGCUGAUUGGCUGAGAGCGGAAAGGGCGGGAGCGCGGGAGGCCACGCCCAGCGCGCUGAGGGGAGAGGGGCCGCCAUUGUGGGAGCGGGGGAGCCGGGGAGUUCGGUACGGCCCCAAACCGGCACCAGAGAGCUCGGCGCUGGGCAUGCUGCUGUGGCACAAACACGACGUGGAGAAGUCCUUGGCCGACCUGGCCAACUUCACGCCCUUCCCGGACGAGUGGACGGUGGAGGACAAGGUUCUGUUCGAGCAGGCCUUCAGCUUCCACGGCAAGAGCUUCGCCCGCAUCCAGCAGAUGCUCCCGGACAAGCUGAUCCCCAGCCUGGUGAAGUAUUAUUACUCCUGGAAGAAAACGCGGAGCCGCACGAGCGUCAUGGACCGCCAGGCGCGGCGCCUGCUGGGCCGGCGCGACCGCGACGACAGGGGGGGGUUUUCCCCCAACCACAACCAACUCACGGCCACCGAACCAAUUAACGAGCGGGCGCUAAUUAACGCCGCUGUCAGGCGUGCUUCCCCAAGGCGCCCGCAGUACCGGCACCACCCCCCGGCGCGGCAGCGGCGCCGCCCCCCCCGCGGGAUGCGCCUGAGCCGCCAGGACGUGGCCGAGGUGACGGCCAACCCCGACCUGGGCGCGCGCGCCCUGCGCCAGCUCGACUGCCAGCUGGUGGCCCUCAAACGGCAGGUGCAGCGCAUCAAGCAGAUCAACAGCGGCCUCAGGCAGGCGCUGGACGGGGGCCUGGAGGGGCUGCGGCCGCCUGAGGGCAGCAGCAAGUUCAGCUCGCGCUGGACAACGGACGAGCAGCUGCUGGUGGUGCAGGCCCUGCGGCGCUACGGCCGCGAUUUCCCGGCGGUGGCGGCCGUGCUGGGGAACAAGACGGCGGCGCAGGUCCGGAGCUUCGUGCUGGGCCCCCGGCGCCGCCCGGGCCUCGAGCGGCUCCUGCAGGGCCGGGGGGAGCCCCCCGAGGAGGAGGAGGAGGUG